UUGACAACAAUAAACAAAAUGGCGGCGAUGGUGAGGUUGAUGCGACAAAUUGAUGGUGUUAUAGAAGAAUGCUAUAACCGAAAAAAUGAGGCUGAAGAGCAGAGAGAGGCUGAAUAUGUUGCAGCUGUUAAGGUUCAAGCCUGGUUUAGAGGAACACGAUCUCGGAGCUAUCUGGGGUUCCUGAACAAAUGUGCAACAUCUGUUCAAAAAACAUGGAGGGGCUACCUUGGACGUCAGUACUACCGGCUGCUUGUCAAGAACAGUGUAUUCAUCAUGAAGCUGAAUCACUACAACGCAAUGGCCACCAAGAUCCAAAAGGUGUGGCGAGGUUACUAUGUCAGGAAAUACAUCUUUAACUACUACAGCCGUAAACGUUACCUUGAGGCAUUGCAAGUGAAGAAUGAGAUUUUCAGAACUGAGCUGGCCGAUUUCACAGAGCGACAGGCUCAGAUCAGACGAAAAAUGGAAGAACGGGAAGAACACAGAAGACAAGCUCGGGCUGCCAGGAAGAAUCACUACCUGCUGAGUACCGAGGUGAUUCCUGGCAUCUACAACUCCCCCUUCCAGCCGUAUCCAUCUGAGCAGGAGCUCAUACUACGCAGUAUCAAACCUCUUGUCCACAAGAAGAGGAAACAAAAGGCACACCUGUUUGAUCCAGCAUGGGCCAGUUACAACCUGCCACGUCCAGAGGCCCUUCCUCCAAUAUCCCAAAAACCUCAAGGCCCAUUCCGUGAUCCUGAGGAAGUACAGAACCAGCGCUACAAGCCAUUCCAACCCUCACUGCGAGUAGCCACAUCCUUCUACUCCCUGGAGGAUGCUCGCAAACAGAUGAAGGCCGAGGAGUGGGUCACCCGUGUCAAUGAUGAUGUGUUCGUGCCAUUUUCAAGAAGAGACAUGUCUUAUGAUCCACUGCUGCACACCACCUCCAAGUUCGGCCACCUGCCGUACGGAACCAAGUACUUCAGGGAGGAGUUCAUGGACAAACAUGUCUCCCAUCAGAAUUUCAAGACUCUUGUACAACCAGUUCCAAUCUUUGACAAGCUCAAUGACACAUAUUCACAAGGCCAGGUCUAGCAUGAACAUUUAUAUAUUGAUAAACAAACCAAAUGUGAUAUUUACAAUUAUUGAAGUCAUAUGUAGGAUUUAGAAACAAAUCAGCUUUAGACCACAGAAUCAGCCUAAUGGCGUUACAAAACAAUAACACAUUAACGUUAACAAUUGGUUAAGCUGUUGCAGCGUGUGGAUUCUAUGAUAAAAUCUUUGAAUGUUAUCCAUUUUAUGUAAUUGUAUAAAGUAUGUAAAUACCCUUGUAUGUAAGUAGAAGUGUUUAUCUGUAGUGAAAAUACACUUGUGAGACUGCACAUAGCUUCCCAUGAUGGUCUUGUUACCAGGUUUUGUAUAAAGCCAGUAUAAACUGUGAUAUGAUUGGCAGGUAAACAUUGUAAACAGUCACAAUUAAUAGGUCUAUGAUGUUGCAAGUCAUACUUUUGUUUGGUUAUGUUUAUUCCUUUUGUUUUGCAUGUAAGCAUAAUUAAUAGAGCUAAUGAUGCAAUAAUAAUUUGAACAAAUAUAUUUUUGAUUAUGCCACCUGAUUGCCGAUAGGUGUUGGUGUUUGUUGGUUGAUGUUCAUGCUGGAAGAUAGAACUUCAUCUGACUGUUUGCAUCAAGACAGUUGUCAUCAUUUCAGAGCUGUAUUUUGUUGUUUUGAACAAUAGCUAUAUAGUCUCACACAUGCUUGUGGAUUUGGAUUUUUGUUAU